CAUAUACAAACUGUCUCUUAUUAGAAAGUUGAAAAGACAAGCAGCAUCAGUAUAUCUCCGAAGGUGACAUUUACAGGCCAGAAUGCCUCCCAAACCAAGACAGAAGGUUAAAAAAGGCCCACCCCCCAAGGUUGUGGCUAAAACAAGCCCUCAGGAAGACACAGAUGAAGCAGCGGCACUGGAGAAAUUUGCACUCGAGUUAAGGUGGUGUUUGCAGCAGAUAGAACUCAGCAUGGAGAAGAAGCAGGGAAAUUCCAAACAAAGUGAGGAAUUGAUGAAGAGUCACUUGACUUUAUCAAACAACAAGACUCCCACAGUGAAGAAAAGACAGCUCAUGAGGUCAAUGUUUGGGGACUACAGGAAGAAGAUGGCCGACGAGGAAAAGAAAUUUAAGAUAGAAAAACCCAAAAUGAAUGCAAAUAUUACUGUCCCAAAGCAGUCAAAAUGUGUGAAAAAAUCAACGAGAAAAGAUGGUCAGCAAACAGCCGCUGAUAAAACAGAAGUCAAUUCCAAUGGAGAAAAGGCAAAAGAAGCAGGAAUUUCUGAGUCUCAGCAAGAGGAAAGUGGUGCCAAGCUCAGUACUUCUGUAGCAGUUGUUGAUGAAAAAGAAAAUCUUGAGGUACUGCCAAAGCCUGCAGAUACCUUCAAGUUCAAAUCGACGGGAAACGAGUUUAGGUUUAACUUUUCGAUGUCAGAGUAGCUGUGAUAAUAAAGUAUAAUUAUUCUC